AUACCGUGUAUUGACAUUGAACGAAACAAGACACGAAUCGUUGAACCAAUGAAAUUGAAGUAUUUAUAGGUUGAAAGUUAUUUUGAGAUAUUACAAAUACCAAAAAUAAUCAACACUCAUUCAAAUAAGAGUAAUGGACUUUGAGUACGGUAGUUUAUUAAUUUGAACAAACUCUUAAAUUGUAGUUUCCAACAGGUGUGCGGUUUGUUGUGAAUGAAAAGUUUGUUGUGAUUAUACUUACAAUGUUUCUAAUAAUAUCACUAUUAUCGUAUGUUUUUCUAUAGUUGUACAAAUAUACUUGCCUAAUCGGAAGUUUGAUCAAUUGUUAAUAUGUUGAUAAUAUAAGUAAUUUAAAAACAUUCCCCUUAACUAGUUAUACACGAUGGUGUCGUUAAAAUGUAAAAAAAUAUUUUGUGUAAUUUAUUCCGGACUUCUUUUCAUCUCCGGAAUUAUUUUAAUAGUGGUGUCGUCCGUGUUACUUUAUAGAUUUUUUCAUCAUUUCGAUUAUAUGCCAGGAAGUAUAGUUGGUCCUUUGAUAGUAUCCUUAUUACUAGGAAUUGGACAUUUAUUUUUAACUUGGUUAGGAAUAAAAGGACCAACUUUAGAACACACAUUUCAUAUAAUUUUGUUCAUUAUUUUCACAAUUAUACUUAUUAUUAUCGAGUUUACUAUUGGUGUAUGGACGAUGGUUCUACGAGAUGCAGUUGGGACUCACUCUGUAGAUUUAUUGACUGAAGCAUUUAACGAUAUGAUCCAAGAAAAAUAUUAUAAUAGUAAUUUUGCCAAAGUACAAUCAGAGCUGGAGUGUUGUGGUUUGGAAGGACCGAUUAAUUACGUUAGAUACGAAGAAGAUGCUAUCAAAUUGUCAUAUAUGUCUUGCAAAGACAAUAAAAUACCCAAUAAUGGAGGAACCAUUCAGCCAUAUCAAGACGGUUGCCAAGACGUUUUUCCGUCCUACGUUCAAUUACUUCUUUUGGAAUGUGCUAUAUUGGCAUUUGUCUGUAUUCUCUUACAUUGUUUGGGUCUGUACGUGAUUAUAUCAUUCUAUAGAACUUUAAGCCAAGAACGAUCAAAGAGAGCAGAGAGAAGAGCCCAAAUACAACGUCAGUUAUCGGGACAGAGCCAACAAUCACAAACGUCAUUACCUCAGCCUCAAAUAGGUGCAGUACCUCCUCCAGCGUGCGUUACUCCAUUGUUAAGCACACCCCCUCCAUCGGAGAUGUCACAACCAGUGCGACCGCCGCGCGAACGUUCAGCUACUCCUCAUUCUGCCCCAUCAGCGCCACCUAAACAUAAUUGAGUGCACGGAAAAAAAUAUUCACCCAAAUAAUUGAUAAAGAGUAGCAGAUUUUCAUAAAGCACUUUAAGCAGUUGUCUUAGGGAUAUUUCAAAUUGUCGUAGAUGGAGUCGUUGAAGGGAGUGGAUUCUUCAUAUAUUAAAGUUAACCUAAAAGUAACCAUAAAUAAGAGAGCAUUCAAACUUCUUCACGCUAAACCUUCUUAGUGGGUUAAUCUAGUUUCAUUUAAUCAUAUUUUAUUCGAUUGGUCAACAUGUCUCGUUUCUACUCGGUUCUCAAUCUAUUAUUUCCGGAAGUUUUUUAAAUUUCUAUUCUACGCAAAGUUUGAGGCCAACUUUUGGAAAUGUUGAGAUGUCUUGGAACCUCUUCGAUGAUCUUCGUCAGUAAAAGGAAAAACGUUCCAUUCUAUUGUUGCCAAGAUAACGAAUUGUUCGCAGAGUUUUGAGAAUUUUCGGGUAAGUAAGCGUCGUUCGAAUAUCUCGCCAGCCGCGUCCCAUUAAGCCUGGAGCCCUGGGCAAUCUCCCUACCCUAUCGCCGCUUCUCACUUCGACCAAAAAGAGAGGUGAAAAAUCACCAGAAGAUUUCGAAAGCUGCGAACCCAUCACAAUAUUUAGCUGGGGAAACUACACAAGGGAUCCAAAGCCGAGAAACCAGAUGGACAACGACCAGCAGUACGUUGGUAAAAAUCAAAAAAAAGCGGGAAAACGGCGAACAUAUGUGGAGGGUUCUGAUUGUCAUGUUAUCUAGGGUAUUUUUGGAAUAAAACAGUUCGGGGGUUUAGAUGAAAAGAAACACACGCAAAAAUAAACGUUAACAAUGUUAAGUUUAAAAAACUAUGGAGACAUAAACGUAACAAAAUAAAAUAAUGGUUUAUGUACACAAUUUCUGGAUUUAAGUGAUCCGUCGUCUUUACGUCUUCACAGAAUAUCAUAAAUCAUUUGAAAAUCUGCUGCUUAUUUUCAGAUUAAUACAAUCCUCAUUUUGUUUCCAUGACAAUAUUUUUUUUUGUAAUUUUUAACAGGCUGGUUACUUUUGUUUUUAUUUAUCAAUAAAUGAAAAUUUAAUUAUAA